AUGGGUUCGAAGCGAAAAAAGAAGAAACAGUCUCAAACUAUUAACAAAGAAUCAAACAAUUAUGAACAGCAAUCAUCAACUGAUCCUCAACAAAUUAAUGUUGAGUCUAAAUCAAUUUUAAAUAGUAGCAUUGAUAAAGAAAUCCAAUUACCGCCAUUAGAAGAACUUUCCAACACAAGCUUUAAAAUUCUUCCAAUUGAAAUGUCUUCACCCAACACCACUUCUUUUACUUCAAUCCAUUAUUGUUAUUUUAAAAGUCACGAGUCACGAUCUAAUAAUUCUUCAAUUAAUAUCUUACCUCCCGAUAAAACUCUCUUUAUUUCAAAUUUACCAAUUGAUUCAACAGAAACACAUAUUAAACAUUUAUUUCAAGAAUGUGGAGUAAUAGAUAGAAUCAUAUUUAACGGAGUUGUUAAGGAUGAUGAAUUUUUAAUUAAUGUAAUUAAUGAAAAUAGAAAUUUUUUGUUACCAGAUUCUUCUGCGCAUGUAAUUUUUCAAAAAUCUGAAGGAUUAAAAAACGCAUUACAAAUGACAAAAAAAAAGAGAAUAUGGACUAUUAAAGAUGAAGAAAUUCCAUCACUAGGAUUAUCUAUAGGAUGGUUGCGAGAUUAUCGAUUACAUCGUCCAGUUCAAAUAAAACUUCAAGAAGAAGUUGAUGAAUAUAUGGUAAAAUUCGAAGAAGCUGAGUUAGAACGACGUAAAACUUUAGAAGAAAAACUUAAUCAACCAGACGAGGAUGGAUUUAUCACGGUAACAAGAGUUGGAAGACGUAAUGUUAAUACGGAUGGAACAAUAACUGUAACAGCAGCUAAAGCAGAUGAAAUUAAGAAUUUGAAACCAAAGAAUAAGGAAUUAACGGACUUUUAUCGAUUUCAAAUGCGUGAAGUUAAACGAAAUAAACUCAUCGAUCUUCGCAAAAAGUUCGAAGAAGAUAAAGAAAAAAUCGCUAAACUUAAAGCUUCGAGGCGAUUUAAACCAUAUUAA